AAGAGAUUCAAAUAUAUCUCAUAGGCUGAGAAUUAGAUCCUUAGUACAACUAUUUCAUUUUGCGGAGGGGAACCCUGAGGCCCGGAGAUGUAAAUGUGUUUGUCCUCUUGCUUCAGCCUCCUGAGUACGGGGAUUACAGGUGUGCACCAUCAAGCUGGCCUCAGACUCUUUUCUUUGUAUCGCUGAUCCUUUGCUUUCAUCUAGCUCUCAUUUCAUCCUCACAACUGGUGAGUUAGGGGGCAGUCAUCACUCCCAUAUUACAGAUGAGUAUACUGAGGAACAAAACUGUCCUACGAACUUGACUAAGGUAAGAGUAAGAAUCUAGAACAUGGUGGUCCUGGUCCAGGGUGCUUGUAAUACCAUCUCAUUGUCAUGUAAGGUUCUAGAAUGAACAGGUCGAUGGCCUGAGGUAGGUUGUAUAUGUAAAGGGGUGGGACUGUGAGGUAACAUUCUAGGAGGGUGGAGAGGGUAGGCUAGAAGGCAUAUAACUAUUCCUUCAUAGACGGGAGCUUUGGGACAGCCAUGUCUUACUUCCGGUCUCCACAAGCUCAUCCAGGUCUUCUGCCUUCUGGCCAAGGUGGGGCUGCUUCUCCGGGUUCCUCCCUUGGUCUCUAUAGUCCUGCAGAGCCAGUGGUGGUGGCCUCUGGUGGAUCAGGCCCUCUGAGCCAGAAAGCUGAGCAGGUGGUACCUGGCACCCAGGCAGAACCUGAAGGCAGGCACUGCCCUGGGGGUGCUAGCUGGGAGACACUACCAAGGAAGGAGUACAGCCGGUACUGCCACCAACUCUGCCUCAUGAGGCCACCAGAGAGUUUGGGCUGGGAGAGUGGCUGCUCCAGAAGCAGAGCUCCCCACGUGGGUGGCCCCAGCAGGCCUGGGCCCCUGCUGCUGUGUGGGGUGUCGCCAGGGGUUCUGCCAGUGCCCUCCGAGGCAGAGGGGAAGGAGGCCAGCGGCACCCAGUCUGACAUCUGCAUCCUGACCUUGGCCAUGAUGAUCGCUGGCAUCCCCACCGUGCCUGUCCCAGGCCUUCGGGAAGAGGACUUGAUCCGGGCAGCUCAAGCUUUCAUGCUGGCUCACCCAGAGCCAGAGAGAGCUGAGGAGGGGGUGCAGUGGGUACAGACACAGGCUCACAGAGCCUUUGGGGAGAUGCCCCUAGUGAGAUCCUGGAGGGGCCAGCCUCCCGGCCCCUGCUUGUAGCUGGAUGAAAUAGCACCAGACACACAGGUGGCUUCUCUGUAUGGUUUUUGGGUAGACAGAGUGGUUGGGAGCCUAUGGGAGGAAUGGGAACUGGGUGGGUGGUGAAACAAUACUCCUGUCCAUUAGUGUCCAGGCCCCACAAAAGUUCUCUUGAUACCACUGAGUCUGAUCAGACAGACUAAUUAAAAUUACCUGGGCAGAGGGCCAUACUUGGAAAGUGAAGACUUCUGAAGACCUGCUCAAAACUACUGUCUUGAACUUCUUGGCCUGUUGUAUACCCACAUACAGUGGUUAAUAGCAACUUGGAAGGAUGAGGGAGCAGGGUUGCAAAUUCAAGGUCCACCAUUAGCAUGAUCCAGUCUCAUAAAAUGAAAUCAGGUGUGG